CUCCUGUUUUUCAAUAAUGGGAAAAAAAUAUUUUUUAUUCCAUUGCACAAAUUAAAAAAAAAAUUAAGAUUAAGAAUUUUCGUGUGUGAGUGCGUGAGAGAGAGAGAGAGAGAGUUGAGGAUGGUUGUGGAGCGGUGGGUUGAAACGGCCGUCGGCGAUGUGUUGAAGGACGGCGCUCGGAUGCUACAGAUUAAGUUGAAAAACCGGUUCAGAGUCGCCGUCGAUCACCAUCGGAGAAUGGCGGGUUUCUACUCCACCGACGGCGAUGGAUACUUCUCGUCGACAAUGCAGCGGUUGAUUCAGCGAUUCAGCGAGUUCCGUAGGGAUUCUCUGCCUUCGUCCACUAUGUUCUACCGCAAACGAGUUAGUAAAGACAUUGAUCUCGAAGCAGAUUCAGUCCUGACCCGAGCGCUUCAGGCUGUGGCUGUUCCUGUUUUUGGAAAUGUUUGUCAUGUUUUCAUGCAUGGCCUGAAUCGAGUGCAGAUAUAUGGUGCAGAAAAACUUCACCAGGCUGUCUUAGGUAGACCAGAAAAUAAGCCCUUAGUUACAGUUAGCAACCAUGUUGCUGCCGUAGAUGACCCCUUUGUUCUUGCUGCCUUACUUCCCCGAAAUGUUCUGUUAGAUGCUCAUAACUUGAGGUGGACACUUUGUGCAACUGAUCGAUGCUUUCGUAACCCUUUGACAUCUGCAUUCUUUAAAUAUGUGAAAGUGCUUCCAGUUUCUCGUGGUGAUGGUAUUUAUCAGAAGGGAAUGGAUGUUGCUAUAUCCAAAUUGAAUCGUGGUGAGUGGGUUCACAUAUUCCCCGAAGGCAGCCGUUCUCGAGAUGGAGGGAAAACCAUAGGUCCUAUUAAGAGAGGUGUCGGCAGGUUGAUCUUAGAUGCUGACAAUGUACCAAUAGUUCUCCCAUUUGUGCACACUGGCAUGCAAGAUAUAAUGCCAAUAGGAGCCAAGCUUCCCAGGAUUGGUAAGACGGUUACUGUACUUAUCGGUGACCCCAUUCAAUUUGAUGAUAUACUCAAUUUGGAAGAAAACCAGAAUAUGUCCAGAGGGAAGCUGUAUGAUGCCGUGAUUGCUAGAAUACGCGAUCGACUGCAGAGGUUAAAAGCUCAAGUUGAAAGAUUAGUGAUUGAACAAUCACUUCAACUUCAGAAUUACCCUACAAAGGUCACUGAACAAUCAGCUGGAAUUUUGCGCCAGGUUGAUUGGGGUUCGCUUGGCAAGGAAACUUAUACACGACUUGAAGACCAUCUAUCCCCGAGGAAAAAUUUAACAACUGAAAAAGUAGAAGUAGACCAAACCCAGUUACAAGAAAGAAGCUUACAGAGUCGGAAUUCUAAAAUGUGUUUGUUCUGGGAAGGUGGAAUUGGCUCUAGGAAUCAUGGUUACAUGGAAUCCGCCGAGUUAAUGGGUUUUGCAGCUAGAGUUUUAUUAAUGAAUAAUACUCCUUGGGUUAAUGACGGCUUUGUUGAUAGUCAAGGAGUUAAUCCAUUGAAGGCUUUGAAUGACUUUAGGAAAUCAAUGUAUGAAAGCUACUAUACUCCUGCUAACCCCAGUUUUUGCUGACAACUGUGUAAUUUAAGGUUAAAAUAGAUUUUUUUUUAAAAACAAUUUUCUGUUUUCUUGUCUUGUCUAGCCAAUUG